AUGGCGUUUCGAAGGUGGGCUACCGAUGUCGAUUGGCGUCUCCUUUUUCUAGUCGUAACUCCUCUCUCUCUCAUCGCCUUUUUCUCCGUCUCAACCGUUCCUGCGAUUCCUUUUUCCUCUCUCGCUCCGCUUCGAUCCUUCAUCAUCGGCGCCUCGUUUCAACAGCCUCACGAAUCGAAUCAUCGAACUGAUGAUUCUUCGUUUGGUCUACCUCCGAGUAAGCCUCCGAGAGGAGCCGUAGAGGCGGAGGAGUCCGUCGAGGGUCGUAAAUGGAGAAAGAAGAAGGCGGAGUUACAGAAAUCGAAAAUGGCGGUGUGUUUAGUCGGCGGAGCGAGGAGGUUCGAGGUAACCGGGCCGUCGAUUAUGGAGAAUAUUCUGAAGGAGUAUCCGAAUGCGGAUUUGUUUCUGCACAGUCCGCUAGACCGGAACUCGUUCAAGUUAUCGUACUUGAGAGCAGCGCCGAAACUGGGCGCCGUGAAAAUCUUCAAGCCAAAACCGAUUCCGGAGACGGAGUCGCAAGUCCGGCUUCUGACGGCGGCGAACUCGCCCAACGGAAUCCAGGGGCUUUUGCAGUAUUUCCAUUUGGUAGAAGGAUGCCUGACAAUGAUCCGGACGUACCAAGAACUCAACAAUUUCACAUACGAUUGGAUUGUUCGGACUCGGGUCGACGGGUUCUGGAACGCUCCGCUCCGACCCGAUAGCUUCGUCUCCGGACACUACUUGGUGCCGCCCGGAUCCUCGUACGGCGGACUCAACGACCGGCUCGGCGUCGGAGAUCUCAACACCUCCACCGUCGCUCUCUCACGCCUCGCUCUAAUUCCGAAACUGGACGCCGCCGGACUCCGGCAACUGAACUCGGAAACCGCCUUCAAGGAACAGCUGACCACCGGAGGAGUUCCAUUUGAGACAAAACGGUUACCGUUCUGUAUAGUGACGGAGCGGCAGUACAAUUUUCCGCCGCGGGGAUUUGGAGUUCCGGUAGCGGCAAUGUCGAGUCCAGGGCCGCUGAGCGGGGCAAAAUGCAGGCCGUGCAGGGUAGCAUGUGAGGGUGAGUGCGUGGAAAAUGUGAUGGGUUCCUUGGACAGAGGAUGGAGCUGGACGGAUUGGGAAAAUGGGAGUAUGGGUCUGUGCGAUGCCCGUGGAGACUGGGAAGUGGGAUGGGAAAAGUUAUAUGAGGAUCUGGUUGGGGAGGAAAUGGCGGAUGCGAGUUGGAGAAUACAGAAGAUGAAGAUGAGUGAGUGUAGUGACGGAUUCAGUGAAAUGAAAAGACGAAGUGGGAUUUGGGAAGCUCCGGCGGCGGAGGUUAUUUGUAGGGCCGGGAGCUUGAAAGGUUAGUACAAUUAAAUUCACAGCUUGUUGCUUUAUUAUUAGGAGAAUAUCAUACGAAAUUUUCUUGCGAAUUAGAUUAAUUAGUUGGUUGGUUGGCUUUUGCUUUUGGCCUGUAAUUAAUGUCUUCUAUUUAGUUAUAAUUCCCAAUUAAUUCAUAAAUUAGUUUCUUUAUUGUUCUUCA